CAUCUUUUUUUUUUCUUUUCUUCAGCUCUAUUUUUUUUUCUUUCCUUUUUUUCGGUUGCUUUGUAUAUUCCAUCUUCAAGCGCCUUCUUUUUUUUUUCUCACUUGCCUCGCCUUUCUUCCAGCCUUUUUAAUGCAAAGACACAGGGAUAACCUAUACCUGUGCACAAAGUAUGACGCUCAUAUCAAUGCCGAGAUAUGUUCCUCAUUAGCGCCAUCAAAUACCACUUCGUGUACAAAGGCCAAAGACGGCACCAUGGUCACUUUACGUGCGCAGCAGCAAGAAGUGGAUGCGGGAGUGGACGAGCGAACAAUAGACGAAACCCAGUUAUACCAAGAUGCUCGGUACAACUCUGAUCUUGGAACAUUCUGGCGUAUAUACUCUUUCUCCGAGCUGUCAAAAAACGAUAAGUUCAAGCCUGUGUCCGAGCUGGCCAGCAUGAAUCUGGUUGUUGCAAGAAUGCUGGCUAUGGAUGACCCAAUGACGCAGUAUGUCCAAAAAUGCCAGAUGCAUACCUGUACGGCAUACUGCAUGCCGGAGGGUCAGCAGUUCUGUCGCUUUGGGAUCGCUCCUUGCGAAGAGGUAUACUGUGAUAACGGUCGCUAUUUUUACGAACGCGGAGGGGAAGAUGCCAUGAUCAACCCGUAUAACCCAUUUCUCCUCCGCCUGGUUCAAAGCAACAUGGACAUCCAUCUAACAGUGGUCCCCGGUCAUUGUACUAUCUCUGCAAUACCUUACAAAGGCGGGCUCUUCCUUUGUAGUGACUUUGGACUCUGUAAGCGAUCGGCAGAGCAAAGUCCAGCAUUUUCGUCGAAAAAGGUUAUUUUGAAGUCUUCCUCUCACUGACCAACAGACAAACGAGAAGUAACGCGGUCAGAGCGGCAACUAGAACAUACCGCGAGCUGAUCGAACUGUACGUCGUAUCUUUUUGCCGUCGCACAUCGUUCACGCCACCAGUUCUAGCAAACGCUCAGCAGAUUGCAUUGUAUCAGGGGAAGCAGAUAUAUACCGCAUACAUCAAUAAUAUCAAAGACCGAUUUGGACAGCAUUUGCGACAAUUGGUAAAUCUGCGUCUCGAUGUCAAAAACCAGCGUAACUUUCUCAUUAACAAUAUGACCAUGCCCAUUUUUAAAUAAAAUAUUGAACUCCUA